AUGGAUGAUACAGUCAAGUUGCUUCUUCGAUUUGUUGCUCGCGGAUUCUACUCACAACCUUAUGUACUUAUUCUUGAUGCUGUGAUGCUUCAUUCGGUUUUAAGUGAAGAUGAUCUCAUCUAUUUGCUAGGAAUUCAAAGGAAAGAACUUAGAGCUCUUUGCAAUCGGUUAGUAGAAGAUAGGUUGCUUGUUAACCAUAUUCAGAAGGAAGAGAAUCUUCAACAACGGCUUACAACCAAAACGUAUUAUUAUAUUCAUAUCACAGAGACUAUUGAUGCAAUCAAGUGGAAAGUUCAUUCGAUUGUUAAUCUGUUGAAAGAUGAAAUGAAACAUUACGGGAACCCUCAAGGUUAUGUAUGUCCUAUUUGUGGCAAGAAAGUAAGUCAGUUGGAUGCAAUUGCCUUGUUAAGUGAUGAUCGUUCAAGUUUUGUUUGUGAUACCUGUGGUGGAGUAUUGGUUGAAGACGAUUCAAGUCAACAAGCAACUUUGAAACAAGAAAAAUUGGAACGUUUAAUGAAACAAGUUGAUCCUAUAAUUACUUAUUUGAAGCGUAUAGACGAAUCUUAUAUUGAAGAUAACACUUUUGAACUGGCUUUGAUGAAAACUAUCCCUGCUCAAUCGGCUACACUGGCUUCCUAUGCUAUUUCUAGUCGUAUUUCUAAUAGAUCUAGAUCUAAUUUGGCAAACAAUUCCCUGGCCGCAGCAGCUGCACGUUCUCAAGCAACUUUACACGUGUCUAUUAGUGCUAAUGAUGAAAAUUAUGAAAGAGAACAAAUGGAAAAGGAAGAAAGAAGACAAAAAUUAGAACAGAAUGCUUUACCUUCAUGGUAUUCACUGUCUUCUGUAGGGAAGUCCAUCAUUGGUCGUUUGGAUGAUGAAGAUUCUGCUAUAGCAACUGGAUCUGAAGAUAAUUUAUCAAGAGAAAUGACUCCAGGUAUAAAAUCUGAAGCUGAUGAACUAUUGGAUAGAGGGGAUCUGGCUACUCCAAUGCCUCAAGAACCUGCAGCUAUCCCUGAAGGCACUGGCUCAGCAACAGAGUUGAAAGACAGAGAACAACAAGAAGCAUUGGCCGCAUAUUACGCACAAUUGGAUAGACAAGCUAAAGAAGAAGAGGAGGAAGAGGAAGAUGAUGAAGAUGAUGAUAACUUUGAUGAUUUUGAUGACUUAGAUCUUUCAUAA